AUGAGGAUGAAGAUCGCAUGGCUUCCAGCGCUGAUAUUUUGCGCGACCUUGGCCUUGGUAGCUGCCAACCUGGAUCUUGGACCGAUCAUCAAGAUCGCUCAGUGCCGAUCAUCAUGUUUACGACAUCACAUGGUCGAUGGCAAUUGCUUGAAUAUAAAUAAUAUCAACAGCCGAGUAUACGACUGUGAUUUGUGUUGGAAUACUUGUGAAACCUUCAGUUUCUGGGACAAAGAAGAAAUCGAUUGUACGCGAAUAUACAAGCACACUUCUCAUAUCCAAGGUUGCAAAACUGCGUACACGUUUUAUCAAACACGUGGUACGGAGGAAGACAAAUAUGAGCCGACCAAAUUACCAGCUCCUGAAGAAAAUAAAACUUUCCAUAUAAAUAACUAUGACAUUGCCGUAAUAAUGCAAAAAAAUGAGAAAGGAAUAUGGGAAGAAGAAAAUUAUUUCUACGCAAAACAACAGCCUGCAAUGAUACCUGGCGGCUGGAUCAUCGUCGUCACGGAUGAUGGCGUGGUCAAACACUACAGUUGGGACAAGUGGUGGCCAAAACUACAAUUACUCAAAGCCGGUGGCCCUCUCUACCAGGCCUAUAUUACAUGGGAGGAUUGGCAAAUUCAACUGAAGGAUCAACGCGAAAGGAUUACUUCAAAUUAUUUUAAGCGCCAGUCUGUGAAAGAGAAACAGUAUAAAUCGUCUUUCGUCGUUACCUGGCAGCAGGAGACGGGAGACGGUAUUAUGGGCAACCAGGUAACAGACAGCGAAUCGGCACAAAUUUCCUUGCCGUGCGGUAAAUAUUUGGUCAGAAUAGCCACUAACGACGGUCCCGGUAGCUACCCGAUCAUUGUCGACACUGGCGAUUGCAAAAGUCCCAAAAUAUCGAUCUGGGACCUAUAUAAACGAAAUCGAAUAAAGAAUGGAAAAAAAAGUAAGAUGGAGGAGGGCUUGUCGGAGAAGAUAAAGGAAAACAUCCUGAAGCAGCAAUUGCAAAAUAAACUAAUGGAUCAAGUGCAGACUAGCUUGGAAUACAGACACCAUAGUCACUCUACAGACAAUCUACUGUGGGUCAACGAAACGAACAUAAAUGUUAACACGAGUACAAAAACACAAGAUGCGAAUGCGAUUGGCUCGGAGAAGUAUCUUAGAAGACUCUCCUCAGAUUUUCGAAAUAAUUUAUUAUGGAGAAGGCCCUUUCUCUCUACUUUCUUCAGCCUCGCUUCUCAUCCACAGAGGGUAUUGAACUCGAAUGACGCGAUGAGUUUGCAAAAAAGUCGCCUUCAAGCCAUGAUGAUGAUACCAGUGCUAUUCGCCACCUUUUUGGUCAAUUUUCCUCAACAACUUGCACAAUCGAACUCGAACAAUGGAUUAAUCAGGAUUGCUGCAGUGUUAGGAGCCUCCGUGUUGCCCGUCGGAUUUGCCGCUGGGCCCAGGUAUGUUCCAAAGUGGAAAAAGCAAGCAUGCGAAAUACCAGCAUCUCAACACCCGAAUUCGCAUUAUAUUUGUGACGAAGCUGGUGAAGUGAAAUGUUUGCCAGGAUGGACUGGAGAUCUCUGUGAUGUACCAAUUUGCCGCAAGGGUUGUGAUCCUCUUCAAGGCUACUGUCGGCGACCAGGAGAAUGUCGUUGUAAGUUAGGUUUCUACGGCGAACUGUGCGAUAAAUGUGUGGCUUUACCAGGAUGUCAGCAUGGAAGAUGUAACGUGAGCUUCGAGUGCUCCUGCGAUCCCGGUUGGAAAGGCAUGUUCUGCUCUGAGCCCAUUUGCGCGCCUGAUUGCCUCUCCAGUCAGGGUUACUGCGACAAACCCGGCGAUUGCAGAUGUCGUUUCGGGUGGCAAGGCCCUAAGUGCAAACAGUGUGCGGUUCUGCCGGGUUGUGUUCACGGGACUUGUCAAGGGCCCCUCGAGUGUCGAUGCGAUCCAGGUUGGACCGGACUGCUUUGUCAAACACCGAUCUGCGCGCAAGGAUGUAGCCGGGAUCACGGUAGCUGCAGGCAACCAAACACGUGUAGAUGCCGCGUCGGCUGGACGGGUCUCAAUUGCACCGAAUGUGUAUCAUAUCCUGGAUGCGUGCAUGGAUCAUGUAAACGACCAUGGGAGUGUCGAUGUGAACCCGGUUGGGCCGGUGACCUGUGUAACGAAAAGCUUACUUAUUGUGAUGAGCAUCUCGAUAUUUGUCGAAAUAACGCUACUUGCAUCAGCAUGACUCAUGAGGAUGGUGAUUAUAGAUGCAUCUGUCCUUUGGGCUACAUGGGCCGACAAUGCCAGAUAAAAACUAUGAUACCAUCGGUGGAACUGGUACCACCGAUGCCCGAUGUCACUAUGGAAUUGUCGCAAGACGUUCAAGGCCUCGGGGAUAAACCAAGUAUCGAAGAAAUUUCAAACGAAGAUAAUAAAUACGGGAUAAAACCCUCUAAAGAAGAAGAACAGACCGUGGAACCUCUUGAGCCCAUUGUGAUCACCGAUCCACCGACCACUAUAGAUCCAGCCGCGACUGCGGGGAAAUGGCCGAUAGAAGAAUCAAUGAUUGAAAGAGACGACGAAAACGAGACAUAAAAUUUAAUUAUUGUUUGAAAGUUUACUUAUUAUUCUUCACUUAUUUAUUUAUUUAUUUAUUUAUUUAAAGUCAUGCUUGAUUUAACUAUUCCAUAAAAAGUAUCCCGAGAUUGAUUUAAUUUCUUUUCUUAUAAGUUGUUGUAAACCUACUUUUAAAAUAAUAAAUUAUUUAAAAGGAAUUAUUUUAUAAUAUAACUGAUAAAUUUUAUUAAUUUAUUGUAUCAAUUUAAUAUAUUUGGAGGUAUGUUAUAUUUGUGUUUGGAAGUAUAUCCAUUGCAAUUUAAAUAAGAA